UCCAGGAUGAUACAAAUGAUAUCUAUAUGUGGCAAAGCUUUGAUCAUCCUACAGAUACUCUAAUUCCAGGUAUGAAACUUGGGGUGAAUUGGAAAACUGGGCAAGAAUGGGUUUUAACAUCUUGGAAGUCACAAGAUGACCCUGGAACUGGGGACUGUACCUUUAGGCUCUAUCCAAACCAGAUUGGAUUCCCCCAAUUUUUUAUGUAUAAGGGUUUGAGUAAGUAUUGGCGAGUUGAUCCUGGGCCAACGCCUCUUGUGGUCAGUAACCAAGAGGAAACUUACGCUUCCUUGAAUGCCGAUGCAAUUACAAGAGCAAUAGUUACUGAUUCUGUGGAGAAGCGCUUUACUUGGGAUGAUGACAAACUUCAAUGGCAUGAAGACUACUCUGCACCAAAGUCCCGGUGUGACUUCUACGGACGGUGUGGUGCCAACAGCAAAUGUAGCCCCGACAAUGUUAAUCUGUUUGAGUGUGAAUGCUUACCAGGGUGUGAGCCUAAGUCUAUUAGUGAUUGGAAUCAGAAAAAUGGGUCAGGUGGAUGUGUUAGUAAUCGUGUUGGUUUGUUCAAGUGUGGAGAUGGAGAUGGGUUUGUGAAGGUGGAAAGAGUUAAAUAUCCAGACACAUCAAUAGCAGCAUUGUCAAAAUCAGGCAUGAGUGCCAAAGAGUGUCAGCAUGAGUGCCUAGGAAAUUGUACUUGCACUGCAUAUUUGAGCAUUAAAAAUGAAGGGCUUGAUGGCUGCUUCACAUGGUAUGAUGACCUAAUGGACAUUUUAGGGUACACAGAGCUUGGACCAGAUCUCUACGUUCGUGUGAAUGCAACUGUGUUAGCUGCAUAUGUAGGAAAAUCACAAGGUUUCUUGGAAAGAAAGGGUAUGCUGGCUAUUCCAAUACUGUCUGCUGUGCUAGCAUUGGUACUAACCAUCAUGCUCGGCUGUUGGUGGCGAAAGAAGAACCACAACACAAAAGCCAUUCUGCAGGGAGAGGCGCUUGAUGAAACACAGAGACACCCCGACUUACAAUUUUUCGAUCUUGACACAAUAAUAGCAGCCACAGACCACUUUUCUCGUGUCAAUGAACUUGGCCAUGGUGGUUUUGGCUCUGUUUAUAAGGGUAAGCUACCAAAUGAACAGAAUGUUGCUGUGAAAAGGUUGUCCAAAACUUCAGGACAAGGGACUGAAGAAUUCAAAAAUGAAGUUGCACUUAUAGCAAGACUUCAACACAGGAACCUCGUGAAACUUUUAGGCUGCUGUAUAAAGGGAGAAGAAAGAAUUUUAGUCCUCGAAUAUAUGCCUAAUAAAAGCUUGGACUCCUUUCUUUCUGAUCACACAAGACGUUCCUUCUUGGACUGGGCAAGGCGCUUUGAGAUCAUCAAUGGGAUUGCUCGUGGAAUUCUCUAUCUUCACCAAGAUUCAAGAUUGAGAAUCAUCCAUAGAGAUCUGAAACCUAGCAAUGUUCUACUAGAUGCAGAGAUGAACCCAAAAAUUUCUGAUUUUGGCAUGGCUAGAAUAAUCCAUGGGAACCAACUUCAAGAUAAAACGAGCCGAAUUGCUGGAACAUAUUUUGGGAUCAUAAUGUUGGAGAUUGUAAGUGGCCAGAAAAACAAUGGUUCUGAUCUAGAGGAUCCUUCCAUGAAUUUCAUAGGACAUGUUUGGGAGCUCUGGAAGGAAGGUAGAGCCUUAGAUAUUGUGGAUUCGACAUUGAAUGGUGAAGCAUCUCCUCCAUCUCCUAAUCAGCCGGCAUUUGUCUACAGAAAAUACUCCGAGAGUGAAGGUGAAGAGAGUGAAGAUGAAGUCACACUAACAGUUAGAGCAUCAUCAUUCCACACUUGCAUUUGUGUUGACACGUUAGUGUUGCGAGAAACUAUAAAAGACGGCCAGACUUUGAUCUCCAAUGGCCAAACCUUCGAGCUUGGCUUCUUCAGUCCGGGGAAUUCAUCGUUUCGCUACGUCGGUAUUUGGUACUACAAACUUUCAGACCCGGCGAUCGUUUGGGUCGCAAACAGAGAGAGCCCUGUUUCUGAUAAAACUGGAGUCUUAACAAUCGGAAGCGAUGGAAACCUGGUGAUUCUAGAAGGAAACAGCACUGAAAUAUGGUCCAGCAAUGUCUCAUCACUACCCAAGAACACAUCUGCAGUCCUGAGAGAUACAGGAAAUCUUGUGCUUUCGACAAAUGAAACCAACGAGUCAUAUUGGGAGAGUUUUGAUAAUCCUACUGAUACGUUUCUGCCUGGGAUGAGAGUGAAGGUGAACGCUAAAGAAGGAGAGAAUCGUGCUUUCAGGUCAUGGAAAUCAGCCAACGAUCCAGCUCCAGGUGACUAUUUCUCUGGGGUUGAUCCCAGAGCAGCACCACAGCUUAUGAUAUGGAAUGGUUCUGAACGGAGAUGGAGAAGUGGGCAUUGGAACAAGUUGAUAUUUAUUGGUCUUCCUGAUAUGCCUACAAGAUACGCUGCUGGGUUUAGUCUAACGGAUCGUGCUGACCAAAAUGGGAGCACCUACUUGUCUUACACACCGUGGAAUGUGUCAGAUAGGCUGAGGUUUCAGAUUAGGUGGGAUGGUUAUGAAGAGCAGAGUAUUUGGGUGGAUGAGUUGAACAAGUGGGUUGAUCUUAUGUCUCAGCCGAACAAGAGCAGCGGGUGUGAGCUUUAUAACAAGUGUGGGAACUUCGGGCUUUGUAGCGCUUCGGAUGAUGCUAGUUGUGAGUGUAUGCAAGGAUUUGAACGAAAGAAUUGGGGGAACUGGUCAGAGGGGUGUGAAAGGAAGACACCAUUGAAGUGUCAGAGAAAUAGUACUAAUGUUGAAGAUGGUGAGGAUGGGUUUGUGGCGGUGAAGUGUACUAAGGUGCCGGAUUUUGCCGACUUAGUGGUGGUGACAGGUCCACAGAUCAGCUGUGAGCAGUCUUGUUUGAACAACUGUUCAUGCACUGCUUAUGCAGAUGUUUCUGGACUUGGUUGUAUGAUUUGGACAACUGAGUUGGUCGAUGUGCAACAGUUUUCAAAGGGGGGAAACACAUUGUAUAUUCGUGUUGCUCAUGCCGAUUUAGGUGGCAGCAAGAAACUAUCCACCCUUGUGAUAUCACUAAUUUCUGUAGCGGUUGCAAUCUUCGUUGCCAUCUUGAUAUUUCUAGUAUGGAGGUUCAAAGGAAAACUUAAAGUGUUGCCCACCACUUCAAUAUCAUGGUUGAGAAUCGGUGAAACGCCAACUUAUGAUGCUGGCAAGAGCAAAGAAUUCUCAACAGAAAUGUCAGGAUCAGUUGACCCGACUGUAGAUGGGAAUCAAGCAAAUGGACCUGAUUUGCCAUCAUUCAAUUUCAACAGUGUAGCAGCUGCUACUGACCACUUUUCUCUAGUAAACAAGCUUGGCAAUGGGGGAUUUGGUACUGUCUACAAGGGAGUCCUUCCAGGGUUAGAAGAAGUAGCUGUCAAGAGACUUUCUCAAGUAUCUUGCCAAGGGUUGGAGGAGUUUAAGAAUGAGAUCAAUUUGAUUGCUAAGUUACAGCACAGGAAUCUUGUUAGGCUAGUAGGCUGUUGCAUUGAAGGAGAAGAAAAGAUGCUGCUAUAUGAAUACAUGCCAAACAAAAGCUUGGAUUUCUUUCUUUUCGAUGCAACUAAGCAAGCGCUACUAGAUUGGAGUAAACGCUUCAUGAUUAUUGAAGGGAUUGCACGAGGGCUCCUGUAUCUCCACAGAGAUUCAAGACUUCGAAUAAUUCAUCGAGACUUGAAAGCUAGCAACAUAUUGCUAGAUGAAGAUAUGAUCCCCAAAAUUUCUGACUUUGGUAUGGCAAGAAUAUUUGGGGGGAACCAACACGAAGCAAACACGAUGAGAGUUGUUGGCACAUACGGUUAUAUGUCACCUGAAUAUGCAAUGGAAGGUCUGUUUUCAGUGAAGUCGGAUGUCUAUAGCUUUGGGGUAUUGCUGCUAGAGAUUGCAUGGAAUCUCUGGAAUGCAAAUACACCAGAGGAUCUCAUUGAUCCUUCCAUUGCAGAAACUUGUAAUAAUCGAUCUGAACUAGUGAGAUGCAUACAUGUUGGAUUGUUGUGUGUGCAAGAUUCCGCAGAUUCGAGACCAACCAUGUCAGCAGUGGUGCUAAUGCUGGAGAGUGAAACUGCAAAUCUCCCAUUGCCUAGAGAACCCAUGUUUACUUCAAUCAAGAAAUAUGUGGAUACAACUUUUAGUACAGAAGAAGAAACCCCAGAUUUAGCUUCUGUAAACCAUGUCACUAUUACAGUGGUAGAUGGAAGUUUAGGGUGUUAUUGUGCUGAGGUUCAAGAGAUCACUAAUUCCAAACCAUUAGCAGUAGGACAAACUCUAGUCUCCCCUGGCCGGAUUUUCGAAUUGGGUUUCUUUAGUUUUAAUGAUUCGAGUAAGCAGUAUGUUGGGUUAUGGCACAAGAAUAUAUAUCCUCGUAAACAAGUGUGGGUGGCCAAUAGGGAAAGGCCUCUUGCAGUUUCAGAUGGCUUGGCAGGUCUAAGACUUGGUAGAAAUAGGAAUUUGGAGCUUGUAGAUGGGAAGCAGAAUUCGGUGUGGUCAAGCAAUGUUACGAGUCAGGUGUCAACAUCUAAUACUAGUUCAGUUGUUGCACUUCUGUUAGAUAGUGGAAAUUUUGUUGUGAAAAAUGAUGUAGAAGCCGAUGGAGUAGUAUGGCAGAGCUUUGAUCAUCCUGGUGACACUAUGUUACCGACUCAGCUGCUGGGAUUCGAUAGCAAAUCUGGGAAGAGGAAUGUCUUGACUUCUUGGAAAAGUGAAAAUGAUCCAUCUGUUGGCAGAUUCUGGGUUGGAUUGUCAGCAGAGACGCCAUCACAAGUGUUUGUUUGGGUCAAUAAUGGAACGGAUUCAGCACCCUAUUGGAGAAGUGGUCCAUGGGAUAAAUCAAGGUUUAUUGGGAUACCUGAAAUGAACUCUCAAUAUCGGAGUGGGUUUACUCUAGAUGAUAAUGUGGAGCAAGGAAGAAAGUACUUAAGUUGGGGUAGACUACUUUACCCAACUUAUGAAGAAAUCUCUUCUGAAGGUAUAACCAAGUUUAUGGCUUCAGUUGAAGUUUCUAACUGGACUCUUGGCGUGGCGGCACCAAAGCAUCCAUGUGACAUUUAUGGUGCUUGUGGAUCUUUCGGAGUUUGCAAAGCUUCUGAAUCUCCAAUCUGCAAGUGUUUGAAAGGGUUUGUUCCCAAAUCAGACCAGGAAUGGAGCAAAGGGAACUGGACUGGAAGGUGUGUGAGGAAAAGCAAAAUGUUUUGUCAGAGACAAACAAAUCGGUCAGUUGCAGCAAGAGAAAAAGAAGAUGAUGGGUUUUUGAAGAUGGUAAGGCUAAAAGUACCAGAUUUGCAUGAAUUCUAUGCUUCUUUCGUUUCAGACACAUCUGAAAACUGCAAGAUCCGAUGCCUAAAUAACUGUUCUUGUCUGGCUUAUGCAUUUGUUAAUAGUAUUGGUUGUUUGGUCUGGUCCAAAGAUCUUAUUGAUAUACAACAGUUUUCUUCUGGUGGAGUUGAUGUUUUUAUUCGGGUAGCAAGAGCAGAACUGGGUGAAGGAAGGCCAAUAAAAUUAAUUGUCAGUCUCACAGCUAUCUGUUUGAUCAGUAUCUUGGGUGCCAUUGUGUUUGGUUUCUACAGGAUGCGAGCUCACCAAAGAGGAGUGUCGGAGUAUCGGUGUAAGUGUAACAUAGGCUUCCACCCUUCCGACGAGGAGCUCAUCCGCUACUAUCUACAUAACAAGGUCAUAAAUUCCAACUUCACCAGUGGCCCCAUAUCCCAAGUCGUUGACCUCAACAAGUGCGAGCCCUGGCAACUCCCUGAGAAAGCAAAAAUGGGGGAGAAAGAGUGGGACAUGUUCAGCCUGCGCGACCAGAAAUACCCGACCGGACUUCGCGCCAACCGUGCCACUAAAGCCGGGUACUGGAAAGACACCGGGAAAGACCGAGAGAUUUACAGCUCCAAGAGUUGUUCCCUUAUUGGAAUGAAGAAGACUCUGGUUUUUACCACGGCCGAGCUCCCAAGGGUGUCAGGAGAGUGGAAUCAGUGGAUCCUUUCGAGGGUUUUCCAGAAGGCCAUGAAGAUUAAUGAACCCGAAUGCAAGGAGACCCGAAUGAUUGGGUCCGGCGGGUACUCUGCCGAACCCAGCUCGUCUUCUUCCUCCUCGAUCUCACUGCCACCACUUUUCGACUCCUCCCCUUACUACCCAACCAAUGCUUCUCUCACCGACCGUGACAGCUGCUCCCAUGACAACCGUACCCCAAUGGAGCAUGUGUCCUGUUUCUCCACCAACACCGGCACUUCCGACGACCUCAUGACUUCCUUGGACCUCACUCCUCUGCCGCAGCACCAAACUAGUUCGCUCCACGUCCACGGCUUUGGUGGCCUCUCUGACUUUCCGAGCAGCCUCGGGUAUCUCGAGGAGAAUCUCCAGCUGCCCUUCUUAUUUUCACAGGGAAUGCAGCCUCACCAGCCCUACUACUCCAGCACCACUGGCUCCUUCGAAUUCGACCUCGGCGACUGGAGCUCGCUAGGUAACUGGUGUGCCGCCACUGACCGAAGAGCCCGAUCGAGGCCUUGGCUCCCGCAGAGGCUGAUUACAUGUGGACGUACUAAAGGAGGGUGGUCCGAGUUGUCGAUCGUUAAAGCUGAAACCGCCAUUUGUGGUGGUCUCUGGUUGAGAGAGAUGGUGGGGAGUGAUGGAGAAGCAGCAUGUGAGGGGGUUACGGCGGCGAAAAAGCGGAAGAGGGAGCUGAGGAGGAUUAGGAGGGGAGGUGGGCAUAGGAGUAGUAACGAGGGGGUUGAUGAUGAGAAUGAAGAGAACGAGGACGGCAUCAAUGGAGGAGGAGGGGAGCAGCCGAGUAGGGCAUUAGCAAAGAGGGGUGGUGGGAGAAAGAGACAGAGGGAGCACCCCUUCAUCGUGACAGAGGCUGGGGAGGUGGUACGUGGCAAAAAUAACGGACUGGAUUACCUCUUCCAUCUCUACAAGUUUUUGACCCAGGUCCAGAAGAUUGCCAAGAAGCGUGGUGAAAAAUGUCCCACCAAGAUGACAAACAAGGUGUUUAGGUAUGCGAAAGAAGAAGGAGCCAACCACAUCAACAAGCCCAAAAUGCGGCAUUACGUUCACUGCUACGCGCUGCGUUGCCUGGACGAGGAGCGUUCAAAUGCGUUGAGGCGAGAGUGCAAGCUGCGAGGCCAGAACAUCGGGGCGUGGAUGCAGGCGUGUUACAGGUCUGUGGUGGAAAUAACUGCACCCCGAGGCUGGGACAUUGAUGCCAUUUUCGGUGAACAUCCUCAGCUAUCUGUUUGGUAUGUUCCUACCAAACUUCGCCAGCUUUGUCAUGCCGAGCGCAACAAUGCCACCGCGUCUAGCUCCGCCUCAGGUGGAAAGGUCGACGGGACCUCAUCCCCGUCGUCGCCACCUCAAUCGCCACCGCCAUCUCCUUCUGCCCCCAUCAUCGAUGCUCUACCCCAAUCCCCAUCACCACCAUCUCGGCCUUCCCAACCGGUCCUCACCUACCAACGCACCGGAUGUGCGAUAUUGACGCCACUCCAGCCACCGGUGUCGUCGCCUCCACCAUCUCAGUCGCCGGCGACCACAUCUAGUCCUCCCUACGAUCUCCAAUCUCUCCAACACAACUCUUCCUCACCGGAAUCUUCAUCUCCUCCGGUCACCCCCAAUCCUCCAUCAGCCGAAACAGCCGAUCCUUCAUCACUGCCUAUCCCAAUACCACCUCUACGCCGAUCGGACCGUCCUAGACAAGCACCAUCAUACCUCCGCGACUACAAAACUCAUCAUACCGUUCUGCUUAGCCCAGACAUUGUUCCUUCUUCCGCGUCCGGCACUCGAUUACCCGUUGCAGAGGCACUGGAAGACAACCGUACUUGGUCGAUGGUCCCUUUGCCCCAAGGUCAGCGUCCUAUCGGCUGCAAAUGGGUCUACAAGAUCAAGUAUCACUCUGAUGGCACAAUUGAACGAUACAAGGCCCGGCUGGUUGCUAAAGCUAUUGCUGCUGUCCGGGACUGGCCGUUACACCAAAUGGAUGUUCAAAAUGCUUUUUUGCAUGGCGAACUACUUGAAGAAGUGUAUAUGUUGCCGCCUCCAGGUUAUCGUCGACAGGGGGAGAACUUGGUAUGUCGACUCCACAAGUCUUUAUACGGGCUAAAACAGGCAUCCCGAAGCUGGUUUCAAAGGUUUUCAUAUGCCAUUCAAGCAAUUGGUUUUCAACAGUCUCGUGCCGACUACUCCCUAUUUACUCAGGUUCUUGAUAACUCAAUUACUGUGGUACUUCUUUAUGUGGAUGACAUGAUCAUAAUAGGGAAUAAUGAGGAGGCCAUUCAAAAUCUGAAACAAUUCCUCAAUAGUUGUUUCAAGAUUAAAGAUCUUGGACCUCUGAAAUACUUUCUUGGCCUUGAAGUUGCACGUUCUAAAGCCGGGAUUACAAUUUGGCAACGAAAGUACACGUUGGACAUCUUAGAAGAAGCUGGAUUAUUGGGAGUGAAACCUUCAACAGUACCAAUGGAACUUGAUCUGGUAUUAACAACGAAGGGAAGUGAUACUCUAAAGGAUCCAGCUCGAUAUCGGCGUUUGAUUGGGAAACUGAUCUACUUGACAAUUACCAGACCAGACAUCACAUUUGCAGUCAAUACCCUCAGUCAAUUCAUGCAAGAACCCAAGCUCCAUCAUCUAAAAACAGCUCAUCGUCUCCUCCAAUAUUUCAAGUCUGUACCGGGCCAAGGGUUGUUGUUUUCAUCACAAAGUCCACUUCAUCUAAUUGGGUAUUGUGACACAGAUUGGGCUAGAUGCCCGCUUACACGUCGAUCUGUGACAGGAUAUUGUAUUUUUCUUGGUCAGUCACUUGUUUCAUGGAAAAGCAAGAAGCAGGUCACAGUGUCUAGAUCCUCAGCCGAAGCUGAAUACCGCUCCAUGGCUGUAGCUGCUUGUGAACUCACUUGGCUUAGAUACCUGCUCACGGAUUUACAUGUACUUCAUCCUAAGCUAGCAAGACUAUUUUGCGACAAUCAAGCGGCGUUACAUAUAGCAGCAAACCCGGUCUACCAUGAGAGAACAAAACAUAUUGAGUUAGAUUGUCACACGGUCCGUGAAAGAAUUCAAAGGGGAGAAGUCAAAACCGCAUAUGUGCCAACUGGACACCAGAUAGCAGAUAUGUUCACCAAGCCAUUGCGAGGACCCAUUUUCCAUGCACACCUCAGCAAGUUAGGGUGUUAUUGUGCUGAGGUUCAAGAGAUCACUAAUUCCAAACCAUUAGCAGUAGGACAAACUCUAGUCUCCCCUGGCCGGAUUUUCGAAUUGGGUUUCUUUAGUUUUAGUGAUUCAAGUAAGCAAUAUGUUGGGUUAUGGCACAAGAAUAUAUAUCCUCGUAAACAAGUGUGGGUGGCCAAUAGGGAAAGGCCUCUUGCAGUUUCAGAUGGCUUGGCUAGUCUGAUAAUUAGUAGAAAUGGGAAUUUGGAGAUUGUAGAUGGGAAGCAGAAUUCGGUGUGGUCAAGCAAUGUUACGAGUCAGGUGUCAACAUCUAAUACUAGUUCAGUUGUUGCACUUCUGUUAGAUAGUGGAAAUUUUGUUGUGAAAAAUGAUGUGGAAGCCGAUGGAGUAGUAUGGCAGAGCUUUGAUCAUCCUGGUGACACUAUGUUACCGACUCAGCUGCUGGGAUUCGAUAGCAAAUCUGGGAAGAGGAAUGUCUUGACUUCUUGGAAAAGUGAAAAUGAUCCAUCUGUUGGCAGAUUCUGGGUUGGAUUGUCAGCAGAGACGCCAUCACAAGUGUUUGUUUGGGUCAAUAAUGGAUCGGAUUCAGCACCCUAUUGGAGAAGUGGUCCAUGGGAUAAAUCAAGGUUUAUUGGGAUACCUGAAAUGAACUCUCAAUAUCGGAGUGGGUUUACUCUAGAUGAUAAUGUGGAGCGAGGAACAAAGUACUUAAGUUGGGAUAGACUACUUUACCCAACUUAUGAAGAAAUCUCUUCUGAAGGUAUAACUAAGUAUAUGGCUUCAGUUGAAGGCUCUAACUGGACUCUUGGCGUGGAGGCACCAAAGCAUCCAUGUGACAUUUAUGGUGCUUGUGGAUCUUUUGGAGUUUGCAAAGCUUCUGAAUCUCCAAUCUGCAAGUGUUUGAAAGGGUUUGUUCCCAAAUCAGACCAGGAAUGGAGAAAAGGGAACUGGACUGGAGGGUGUGUGAGGAAAAGCAAAAUGUUUUGUCAGAGACAGAUGACAAAUCGGUCAGUCGCAGCAAGAGAAAAAGAAGAUGAUGGGUUUUUGAAGAUGGCAAGGCUAAAAGUACCAGAUUUGCAUGAAUUCUAUGCUUCUUUCGUUUCAGACACAUCUGAAAACUGCAAGAUCCGAUGCCUAAAUAACUGUUCUUGUCUGGCUUAUGCAUUUGUUAAUAGUAUUGGUUGUUUGGUCUGGUCCAAAGAUCUUAUUGAUAUACAACAGUUUUCUUCUGGUGGAGUUGAUGUUUUUAUUCGGGUAGCAAGAGCAGAAAUGGGUGAAGGAAGGCCAAUAAAAUUAAUUGUCAGUCUCACAGCUAUCUGUUUGAUCAGUAUCUUGGGUGCCAUUGUGGUUGGUUUCUACAGGAUGCGAGGUCACCAAAGAGGAAAGACCACAGGAAAUGCAGGGAAGUAUGAAUUGGCUGAUAAGAUUCGGACUUCACGAGACACUUUACGAGAAUAUAUUGGAAAAGAUGAUCCAUAUGAGCUAUUGAUCUAUGAUUUUGAUAGCAUAUUAGUUGCUACAGACAAUUUCAGUCUCACAAACAAACUCGGUCAAGGAGGAUUUGGCCCAGUUUAUAAGGGUAAGCUUCCAGAAGGGAAGGAAAUAGCAGUGAAAAGACUAUCUAGUAGCUCCGGCCAAGGCAAAGAAGAGUUCAAGAAUGAGACAUUGUUGAUCUCCAAUCUUCAACAUAAAAACCUUGUUAGAAUCAUGGGUUGCUGUGUUAAAGGGGAUGAGAAGUUACUAGUUUAUGAGUUCAUGCCCAACAAAAGCUUGGAUACUUUUCUAUUCGAUCCAAUGAGAAGAGCAGUGUUGGAUUGGCCUUGCCGCUUCAAUAUUAUUCAGGGCGUUGCCAGAGGACUUCUUUAUCUCCAUCACGAUUCCUGUUUGAAAGUAAUACAUAGAGAUCUGAAAGUUAGCAACAUUCUCUUGGACGAGAAGAUGAAUGCAAAAAUUUCAGAUUUUGGAUUGGCACGAAUUGUUCAGGAGACACCGGAUUUAGAAAAUACUAAGAGGGUUGUGGGAACGAUUGGUUAUAUGUCUCCAGAGUAUGCCAUGGGUGGGAUAUUUUCCGAGAAGUUGGAUGUCUACAGCUUCGGAGUCUUAGUACUGGAGAUUAUUAGCGGGAAGAAGAAUACUAGCUUCUGUUUACAUGACCAACAACAAGGCUUUCUAGCGUAUGCAUGGAACUUAUGGAAUGAAGGCAAAGGAUUGGCAUUGGUUGAUGAAGUACUAGCUGGUUCAUAUUCCUCCUCAGAGGUAAUGAGAUGUGUGCACAUUGGGCUACUUUGUGUACAGGACAAUGCUGCGGAUAGACCAACCAUGUUAGAUGUGGUUUUCAUGCUAAGUAGUAACAUAGAUGGUCCGCAACCUAAGGAGCCUGUAUUCACUGUCGUGUAUUCGACUACGCCAGUAAUUCGUCCUCAACCACAGUAUCAAAGUACUUUCUCCACAAAUGACACUUCCAUAACUGCAAUUGAAGGACGAUAGGCGCUGGUAGAAAAUUAUAGGA